AUGCUAAGAACACUAAGACAGUUUAGUUCUAUUUUUCAUAAAGUUCCUGUAAGAUUGUUUUCAGGUGCAGUUGAAGUUGCUCCCAAAGAUGAUGUAUUAAAAAUCUUGCAUUCAGAGUCAAGAGACAUUUUCAGAAAUGUGGCCAUCAUAGCCCAUGUUGACCAUGGAAAAACAACUCUUGUUGAUGCUUUAUUACGAGCUAGUGGGUGUGCAAAUGAAUAUGAUUCAAUGGACAGUAAUGCAUUGGAGAAAGAAAAGGGAAUCACCAUUCUAUCUAAGGUAACCGGAGUUACUUUUGGAGGAAACAAAAUAAAUAUCGUGGACACACCAGGACAUUAAGAUUUCGGAGGAGAAGUAGAGAGAAUUAUGUCAAUGGUUGAUGGUGUAUGUUUAUUAGUUUGUGCAACUGAAGGACCUAUGGCUUAAACUAGAUUUGUCUUAUAAAAGGCCUUGCAAUCCAAUUUGAAACCAAUUGUCAUCAUCAAUAAAGUAGAUAGGCCAUCAGCUAGACCAGUAGAAGUCGAACAUGAAAUUUUCAAUUUGUUUUGUGAUUUGGAGGCUCCAAGCGAAUCACUUGAAUACCCCUUGUAUUUUUGUUCAGGCAAAGAAGGUUGGGUCAGAAAAGGCUCCAUGGAAGCAGAAAAACAAGGAUUAGAAGAUGUAUUGGAAACCAUCAUAGAAACAAUUCCACCUCCCUAAAUAGGAACUGAAAGCAAUUUCAAAAUGUUGGUUUCUUAAUAAGAGAGUCAUCCUUACUAUGGCAAAAUAGUUAUUGGUAAAAUUCAUCAAGGAGAAGUCAAACUCAAUGAUAGAGUCUUGGCAGUUGACUAAUAAGGAAAAUUGGUUGAAACUGCUAAGGUGUUGAAAAUAUUAAGAAGAUAUGGAAUGUAACAAUUAGAAAUGGCAAGAGCUGUUGCUGGAGAUAUUGUCUAAGUAGCAGGAUUUACUAAUGCUAUUGUUACCAACACUUUAAACGAAAUGGGAAAAAAUGAAGUGAUUCCAUCCAUCCCCAUUGAUCCACCUAUGAUUUCAAUAUCUAUUGGAGUGAAUACUGGUCCUUUAGCAGGUAAAGAAGGAACCAGACUCAACGCUUAACAAAUUAAGGAAAGACUGAUGAGAGAAGGAUAAAGUGAUGUUGCAUUAUAAGUGAUGGUUAAAGAUAAAACAGAUGACAAUGCUUGUGUGUAAUUGCUAGGAAGAGGAGAUCUUCAUUUGGCUAUAUUACUUGAAAAUAUGAGAAGAGAGGGAUUUGAAAUGCAAGUUUCACCCCCUUAAAUUGUUACUAAGAAGUGUCCAGACACUGGCAAAACCUUGGAACCAAUGGAGAAAGUGACCAUUGAAAUUGAUUAACAAUACAUGACUGGGCUAAUUGAUAAAAUGUCAUAGAGAAAAGCUAUUUAUGAAGAUUGCAUUAACAUUGAUAAAACCAGAGUUAAGUUAAUAUUCUCAGCACCAACUAGAGGUUUAGUAGGUCUGAGAGCAGAGUUAAUUAAUGAUACCAGAGGAACUGCUAUUAUGUAAUAACAAUUCUUAGGCUACUAAGAAUAUAGAGGAGUCUUAAAAAAGAAUUUAAAGGGAGCUAUUAUCUCGAUGGCUGCUGGAGUUUGUCAAGGAUAUGCUCUUGAAGACCUUCAAAAAUUUGGACCAUUAUUUGUCAAACCUGGAUCCAAAGUUUAUGUUGGCUAAGUCAUCGGAGAACACAAGUUAGAAUAAGAUAUUGAAGUCAAUCCAAUCAGAGAAAAGAAGUUAACUAAUGUUAGAACAGUGUUGGCUGAUGAAAAGAUCAGUUUGUUUCCUCCCAGGACUUUCACUCUAGAAGAUGUCAUUGCUUACAUUAGGGAUGAUGAAUUAGUCGAAGUCACUCCAAAGGAUCUCAGAAUUAGAAAAAAAGAACUAGAUUCUACCCUUAGAAAAACAUAGCGUAAAAGCCAAUAAAAAUGA